CAAAACCAAAACCAAAACCAAAACCAGAAUCACAACCAGAACCAGAAGCAUCAUGGACGUUAUCAUCCUCCUACGCGAGCUGUUGCUGUGGCUCAUUCUCUACUACGGCCUGCGCCGCCUCACCGUGCGCCUCCUUCCUCGCAAGAAUCUGAGCCCGGCGCCGCUGCCGCCCGGGCCCCGGGGAUUCCCCGUGGUGGGCGCGCUCCCGCUGCUGGGGCGCGCCCCACACGUGGCCCUGGCGCGCAUGGCGCAGCGGCACGGCCCCGUCAUGCACCUCAAGCUGGGCCAGCACGGCGUGGUGGUGGCGUCGAGCCCCGACGCGGCCCGCGUCUUUCUGAAGACGCUCGACGCCCACUUCGCCAACCGGCCCAUCGACGCGGCCCCGACGCGCAUCGCCUACGGCGCGCAGGACCUCGUGUUCGCCGAGUACGGGCCCCGGUGGAAGCUGCUGCGUCGGUUGUGCAAUUUGGGCAUGCUGGGGGCGAAGGCGCUGGAGGGGUGGGCCGGAGUGCGGCGGGCCGAGGUCGGGCACAUGCUGCUGGCCAUGUGCGACUUCGCGCAGCGGGGCCGGCCGGUGGAGGUCGCGGAGAUGCUGUCGUACGCCAUGGCCAAUAUGAUCGGGCAGGUGAUUCUGAGCCGGCGGGUGUUUGAGGCUGUAGGCGCGGAGUCGAGCGAGUUCAAGGACAUGAUGGUGGAGCUGAUGACGCUGGCGGGGCUGCCGAACGUCGGGGACUACGUGCCAGCCGUGGCAUGGAUGGACCUGCAGGGGAUUGAACGGCGGAUGAAGGAGCUGCACCGUAGGGUCGACGUCGUGCUGAGCAGGGUGAUGAGGGAGCACGAGGCGACCGCCGCGGAGCGCAAGGGCCGGCCGGACUUGCUGGACCAGGUCGUGGCCAGCCGGGAUAGCUUGGAAGGGGAGAAGCUUAGUGAUAUCCACUUCAAAGCCCUACUUCUGAAUUUACUGUCCGCCGGAACUGACACAUCCUCCAGCACGAUCGAAUGGGCCAUAGCAGAAAUGCUUCUAAAUCCAGCCAUCCUCAAGCAAGCCCAUGCAGAAAUGGACCGGGUGAUCGGCCGGACCCGUCGGCUCGAAGAAUCCGACAUACCGAACCUCCCCUACCUCCGAGCCAUAUGCAAGGAGGCCUUUCGGAAGCACCCUUCCACUCCUCUCAACCUCCCCCGCAUCUGCACCCAUGCAUGCGAGGUCGACGGCUACUACAUCCCGAAGAACACCAGGCUCCUAGUCAACAUAUGGGCUAUCGGGAGGGACCCGAACGUUUGGGACGAUCCGCUCGAGUUCAAUCCCGAUAGGUUCAUGACUCCCCAGGGGUCGAAAAUCGACCCGAGGGGGAACGAUUUCAAGCUCAUUCCUUUCGGGUCCGGCCGAAGGAUAUGCGCAGGCGCGCGCAUGGGAGUGGUGCUGGUAGAGUACAUGCUGGGUAGCUUGAUUCACGCAUUUGACUGGAGCCUUCCCGACGGCGUUAAGAUGAACAUGGACGAGACCUUCGGGCUCGCACUACAAAAGACUGUGCCGGUCUCGGCGAUCGUGAGCCCACGAUUGGCGCCUGCCGCCUUUUUCCAGGGGUGAGCAUUAUUUAGCCUGAACUGAAGCACCUAAUUGAACAAACUUGUUUCGGUACUUUUCAGUUUUAUGGAUAAUUCGCUAUGUCGCGCCUUCUUAUAGGGGUGAGCAUUAUUUACUU